UGCCCGUCACUAACGACCGCGCGCCUCUGUGCGUAAAAGACGCACCAUCUGUUCACUGGUCUCUAACGGAACUUUGGCAGCAGCAACAUGGCCCCCAUCCGGAGCAGAAGUGACAAGAACGGAGACAGCUCUGAUAGAAAGACACGGAAACCCCUCGUAGAAAAGAAAAGAAGAGCGCGCAUCAAUGAAAGUUUACAAGAACUCCGAGCUCUUAUCCCGGACGCAGAUGUGAAGAUGGAGAAUGCUGAAGUGCUGGAGGUGACGGUGAGGCGAGUGGAGAGGAUUCUACAGAACAUGGCGCACGAAGUGGACGCAGUGACCCAAGAUGCAUGUGAACGGUUUGCUGCGGGAUACGUUCAGUGCAUGCAUGAUGUACACACAUUUGUGUCCAGCUGUCCGAGCAUAGAGCCCUCUGUAGCCACCGAGCUCCUCAACCACCUCCUGGAGAACAUGCCCCUGAACAACGAGGACCGGCUCAGGCUCCUGGUGCCCGACAGCCUGGCAGAGUUGCCCGGCUGGUCCCUGACUGAGGUCCUGUGUUCGGGCCUGGUCUCUCCUGCUCCCUCCUCCUCCUCUGAUGACCUCUGCUCAGACCUGGAGGAGACGGAGUCAGAGCACAGUCAUGUCUCAUCAGAAGAGUCCAAUGUGUUGUGCUCACCUUCCUAUUUCUCCAAGUCCAUGUGGAGGCCAUGGUAGACUGUUCUUGUACUGCAGAUAGAUACUGCUGUGUGGUUUUAGUAUUUAGAACACUGCUGUUGGGAUGUUGUGUGGGACAGACCUGAAAGGCACCAUACAAGCUCUUUGAAUAUUUCUAUUUUGGAAAUGUAUAAUAAAAUUGUAUGUAAUAUGUUACUGGAGUUGCUUUGCAAAGAUCACUCACUUGUACAGUUCUUUUGAAGAGAAAGACAG